UGAUCUUGAAUCAGGGGAGAGGAUAGGCUAUAGUAAGUGGUGGUGAUCUCCCUUUCUGAUUUGAACUUGUUUAACAAGGGUUUUCAGAGAGUCCAGAGAAUUUUAUUCUCGACAGUAUUUUAUACUGACCAAAGCUUACAUACUAUAAAACAGCUGUUGUUGACCAGAGACUACGUUGCAGUUUAAGAGAACCGCGUUGCGUGACAUUUAAUCGUUUGAAAGUGCUCGUUUAGAAUUUGUAAUUUGAUUUCGCGACGUUACCUAUUUAAAAACUGAACGUUGUUAACUUAAACUUGUUUGGAAAAUCCAGGUUCGGAUUGUAUUUGAAUUCGGGCGUUUGUUUGUUGUCGUGUUGUAUUUUGAGUUUUUAAACUUCCACAGGGUUCGCGGAACGAUGUCCUUUGCCGGGAAGCCUUUUGUUUAUUCUGUUUCAGGUGAAGAACAUGUCUGGUGCAGCAGCGAUGUUCGUGUUCUUAUUGCCGGGGAUUCCAAUGUCCAUCGUUUGAAGUCUGCGUGUCCUCCAAAUGCAAGGAUUGACUUUCUGCCCGUAUCUGGUGCAAAGUAUGUGUCUGACCGGAAGGGCUUUAGAAAGCUGCUGCAUCAAGAGCUGAUGUCAGGUUGUUACGACAUACUGUACCUGCAUCUUGGCUCUAACGAUGUUUGCUGCAAGGAUAGCGAUUUCUACCGUUGUGUGACAGAGAUCCUUGAUGUUGUAUUCAGUGUGUGCACUGAAAUACACGUGGUGCUUUGCGAGAUUCUUCCACGCGAUUUUGAUGUGAGAAUGUUUCCCCGAUGGCCACUCUCAGGGGCACAGUUGAGGAACUACUGCCAGUGGAUAAGGAGCGCAAACAGCAUGCUGUGGGAACUGAGUCACCAUGUGCCUUCUGUGAGAUACAUGGACUAUGGAGCAACUAAACAGAAGUCCCUGUACUUGACCCAUGAUGGACUACAUCUGAGUGCUGAAGGGGCUAGGAGGUGUUUAGCAUCCAUACAGGACGACCUGCCAAACCAGCUGUGUGUGGAGGCUGCUGUUCAAGAUCCUACAGAAUGGCCAGCUCUCUCAGCCACGGAAGUACCGGUUCAGGAGCAUGACAGCACCAUAGCACUCUUUUCGGAUAUUGUGCAGACUGGAGCUCAACCAGAGAUUCAAGACAAGGUGGAUGCAAGUGAAGUACCAGUUCCCAGGGACAUUAAGUCUCAGACACAUAAAAUAACGGUUGUCACAGCCAGAGCUAAGAGGUCUGCAACCAGAAAUACCAAAAGAUAUGGAAAGAAGUUGGCAAAGAAAUGCCACACAAGGUCAUGCUGCAGUGGAUUUGUUUACCUUGACAUUACUGAAGAUGUGGCUGUUUUCCUGCCUGCAUACAAGUUGAAUGGCUUAUGCUUGAAACGCAAGAAGAUGGAAGUCAAGACUGGUAAGGUUAAAAGGGAGAAACCUACCAUGACGAAAAAGAAGAACAAACAGGUCCCUUGCUACAAUUGCCCAAACUGCAGGGUGUGCUGUUCAUCGGAAGAUGCCAUGCUCGACCAUUUUAUAAGGAAGCAUUCAUCGUGGAAAGUUGAUAGGCCUGACACACUUUACAAUCAGGAAGAUGAAAUCAACGUGCCAUCCAACAUCCAUUGCCACCGAGACACUGAAGAGACGCCCCAACAAGAUGACAAUGCCGCAAAUGAAGAUCAAGUCAAUGUGCCAUCCCACUUCUUUUUCCAACGAGACACUGACGAGACGCCCCAACAAGAUGUAGACACUUCACAGCUUCUUCUUAUUCUUUCAAAUGACGUUGAACUUAACCCUGGACCGACUUUCAGUUGCAAGUGGACAUCAUGCUUCAAGAAAUUUAUUAAUUAUGGUGAACUUAGUGCCCAUAUAGUAUGUCACAUAGAGGGAACAAAUAGAUGCCAAUGGGAAGACUGCCAUGAAUGUUUUUCAGCUGUAAGAAGAUUUGAGCUGCAUCUUUUGAGACAUUUGUAUGAUAACAGCGAGAUAUUCAAAACAAUCGAUGAAUGGAAAAACACGCUACCUGAUGGGAAGAUCAAUGAACAGAGAACAGAUCUGCAUAUGUGUCCACUUCAUCUGAGGUCCAAACUGAUGCUGCUCUUAUUUGAUGAAGAUUUCUCCAUUCCAACGGGUUAUUACACAAUAGAGGAACACUACAAAUACCUGGAAUUGCUAAGUAUACGUCUUCCUUCUGAUUAUGAAAAAAUUAAAAAUAACUUCUUACUUAAAAGAAAAUAUUUAGGUGAAAACUGGGAAAAUGAUGAGGGAAAGUGUCCAACUGUACAGUUUAAUACUGCUGCUGACUAUAGUCCUACUCCUAAAGAUAUAUAUACUGUAGCUAGUUAUAAUGAAAAUAAUGUGUUUGUCUCUACAUCUAGACCAGAGUUGUGCAAUACAUACUUCUCAGGAACAACUUUAAACAAAGGAAUGCGGAAAAGAAGAAAAUCAAAUGAGAAUGUUCAAUUUAAUGUUGACAAUAAAUUGUGGUCAGAUAUAUUGAUUGAAAAUUUAACAAACUGUUCAAAUGCUUUAAAAUUGCAAAAUCUUGUAUUAAAAACUUUAGCAGAAAAGGGUUUUGUUACAUCAAAGAAGCAAUCUUUUUUUAAAUUAGAACAAGAAGCUUGUAGAUUAUCUGCACAUAACAACUGUACAACUGGAACCUUUGUAUGUUCAGUUUUUAAAAAUAAAAUUGAAGACAAUGAAUUUUAUUAUGUAAGGUAUGUUGAAUCUGGAGUUUACAGUGGAUUCAUGGAACAGAAGUACUUAUAUUUCCUUAAGGAGCAUUUUAAUGUUGCAGAUGAUAAUGUUUUGUUGCAUCAAGUUAUUACAUUGGAAGAUAUAAAUCAAAUGAAAAUCGAUGAAAAUAAACAUAAUAUAAAAAGGAAUCGCCCAGAUAAAAUAUUUAGUCAUUGUGUUGAUAAAAUUUUGCCAUCAUAUGUAAAUGAACUGAAUGACAAUGAAAAUUGUGAUAGUGUUCAACUACUGUCUUACGUAGUACUUUUUUCGCCAUUCAAAUCAAAAGCAUCUGUAGACAAGCCUGAAAAGAUGUUUUUUAAAAUGAAACCGCAGGAUUUGCAUGAAAGUUUACUGAAACUAGUUUAUGACUUUAAAAUAAAUCAACUUGUGACCAAAAGUCGUUGUUCAAAAGAUAUAAUAACAGUACCAGCAGUUGUGAAUGGUACUCUCCUACAUCAGUCAUUUGUUUUGAAUUGCUUGUCUGGAAACAUCAAAGCAAAGCCAGAUUUAUUUGUUAAAUCAGCACGUUAUGAAUCUAAUUUUGUUGAAUCAGGCAACAUUUCUUUGGGUACAUCAUUAAGAAACAAAACGAUUCAGCUCUUUUUGAAAAAGGAUUAUGUUAACUUAUUUUCCUUUUAUAAGAAGUAUUUUCCAGAGUUAAAUGAAUGCAAUGAAACCACUGUUGAAACGUCAGAACCAGUUUUGAAAAAAAGAAAGACCAUAAAGCAUUUAAAGCCAAUAAAUAUUUGUAGAUCAGAAUUAGAGAAAAGAGUUGGCAUUUCUAAUAAAGACACUGAAACGGAUAUUUCUGAGCAUUUCGGAAACCUGUCAAUAUUUAAAAACUACUGUUGUUCCCUUCUAGAUCAUGGCACUUUAGUUAUACAAAUGCAUGAUGACAGCGGCAAUCUAGUUUGUUGCCUUAAUGAUUACUGCGAAAUGGAUGGUUCAUUUAAAGCAAAUGAUUUUAUUUUCACUACUAGGUUUUGUCAAGAAACUGGUGACUAUCUUGACUGCACAUGUAAAAUAUACAAAACUCUGCUUAAUGUGAAGGAAUUUAAUAUUAGGAACGAAGAAUUUCUAGUUUUAGACUCUUCAGGAGAUAACUGUGUAACUUGCAUGCAUUGUAAGUUUGUUAAAUUGCAUGUAUUACCUUGUUUAGCACCGGACCAUGUACAGUGUCCAGAAUCAUUGUCAAGAAUCCAACACUUUGUUCAAAAGGCUUUGUGUUUUAACAAUCAGGAAAUAGUUGAAAUAUCUAGAAAACCAGAAAUUAGAAAAUAUUCUGUUCUUAUAGAAGGUGACGAGUAUCCAGCUUUUGUUCAUUUUAGCAUGAACAAAAGGCUUGGUAAAUGCACUGUGUCAUGCACUGCUGGUAGAUGCCGUUCUCAAAAGAGUUAUAAGAGAAAUAUAAGUACUUUACUAAAUUCGAAGGUUUGUAGGCACUUAAACUUAUUUAAAUCAUAUACUCACAUGUGGGAAGAUUUAAUUCAUACAACUAAUGAUAACAAUGAUGAUGAAGAACAGCAGUUAUUUGAUGACAAUAUUGAUAAUGAAAUGCCUGUUUCGGUUACAUUAAGUACUGCUGCAUACAAUAACUUCAAUGAGGAAUCUGGACUUUGGAAUUUUAAGUGUAGAAGUAAACAUUCUCCCAGACUUAAAGACAAUAAUGAGUUAAGGAAAAAUAUCAUAAAACGUGAUCAGUGGAAUGAUUCUAACCUUGUUCGAUGUUCAGAUGGCUGCCUAAAAGGACCUGUAUUAUUUCCAGAUAUUCCAGACAAUACCUGUCCCUGUGGAAGCGGUUGGCUCAAGCGAGAAGAUGACGAUAAUUACAGUGAAAAUGGACUGACCAUACACGAAAGACAAAGAACAUUAACUAUUUACACAAAUUUUGCACCUGUAAAAUGUGACAUUCAUAUACGUGAAUGCUAUAAUUCAAUUAGUAAGCCAUGCAGAAUUCUUUGGGAUGAAGGGGACUUAGAUUGUAUACAUGUAUUAAGUAGGGAUACAGCAGCAGGAGAUGAAAUAGGGUGGGAAUUUGUAUCUAUGGUUAUGAAUUCUAGUUGCACUUUUUCCUCUUACUGCCAGUUUAAAAAUGAGAUGUAUAAAACUCGCCACAAUAAGGCUAGGUUUAUGGAUCAAACAGUUUUUUUAAAUUUUUGGUUCAGUUGGGCUUCAAACAUGAAAAUAGAUUUCCGUAUACCCUGUGGUGUAUGUGGUUAUGGUCCUAAGAGAUUGUGCUGUGAUGGUACAAACGUAGGGGUUGGAUUUCGGAAUUCAAAUUAUGAGGAAAUUACAGAAACAAACCAGGCUUUGGGCAUUAAUAAUACGCUGCAUCGUAGAAUGGAUAGAUGUUUUUUGAAAAAUUUGAAUGGAAUAGACAAACAAGAAAUGAUUAACCUUCGAACUACUUUAGAUUACAUUGCUCGGAAAGAACUGAAUGAAAUUAAAGAGAAUGAAAUUAUUCCAGAGAGGGAUUUAUUGGACCGUAUCGAGUUGUUAAAACAAGCACUGCCCUCUGAAGUUUUGGGUUCCUUCGAAAGAUUUUAUCAAAUGAGUGAUAAUGAACGAGUUGCAUAUUCAAAUGUUUUAAAAAUGCUAGCCACAACAGCGUCCAUUACAAGCCUGGUACCCCCUGCAUAUUGUUACAAAAUUCAACUAUUAUUAAAUAGCCCCAAUAUUGAAAAUGAUCGAUUUAAUAGUAUUGUUAAUGAAACUCGUUCGUUUGCACCUGAACUAAGAGAUUUAAUUUGCGAGUCUUUAAUAAGUAACAAUGAAAUAUUGCCCGAUGACAUUAGAUUAUUUUUGCAAUAUCUAAUUAAUGAAUCAAUGUCAUUGCAAGUUACUGAACCAGAACCACCUGUACCUCAACUGGGCACAUACAAUCCUGAAAAGUUUGGAAGGGCCUAUUAUUUUAAUGAAUCUGGGUUAAAGUUAAGAAGUGUAAGAAAGUUUUCCAUUGACAAUGAUAGCUGUGUUAAAAGAAAUAUAGACCAUGACGAUGCGACUUUAGAAUUUGAAAAAUGUCAAAAGCUUUAUUCUAAAGUUCAAACUUCUGCUCGAGGAACAUCAACAUUAUUUCUUUGGUUCUGUGCAGACCAUGGACAUUGCUAUGGUUUUCACAUGACUGGGGCAGAAGGAAGAAAAGAUCCCGCAUUAUCACUCUAUAGCUAUUUAGAAACCCCUCCACAAGACGUGUUUUAUGACUUUGCAUGUAAUUUACAAGAAUAUUGCCUAAACAGAGAAAGUGGAUACUAUAAAAAUGUACGUUUUUUUCAUGACAUUUUCCAUGGCUACUCCCACAAAUGUUCUAAUGCUUUUACAGCUAGCAGACUUCAAGGCUUUGAAUCUGUAAAUUCUGAAAUAUGUGAACAAUUCAACAGCUUUAUACAGUGCAUUAAAAGGUCGGCCCGUCAGAUGUCACAGUCACACUUUUGCUUUUACCUACAAUUCUUUUUAAAUGAAUGGAAUAAGAAGAAAAAGUUAUCAUAUGAAAAAAAGAUAAGAAUUGCUUUAGCUGGGUUAGUUUAAUUUGUGAUACUUAAAUGAUCUAUAAUUUUAAGUUCAUCUCAACUGUUAAUACUUAACUAUUGCAUCUUUUGAUGCUUUUUUUCUAUUUAAAGACUGGGCGAGUAAACACAUACUAUGUAUUAUUAUGCAAUAAUUGUUUUGUGUUUAUAUCUCAACUGAGCAUAAAGUGCUCAUUGUGAGCUAUUGUGAAUGGUCUUGGUCCGUCAUGGGUCAACAUUUUUUACUUAAACAACAUCUAACCUCUGUGCCAAUCUUAAUGAAACAUGGCACGAGUUUUCUUGCAUGAACCUCUUUCAAAGUUGUUAAAUGAAAUGCAUUCCAUGCAUAAAUCUGGUUGAGAUGGCAACCAAAAGGAAAGCUUAUAUAUUUGGCAUAAAACAUCGUCUGGUUGACCUCCUUCGUAAAUUUCAAAAGAUGCUAUACCCAACUCACAGGCAAAUUUGUCCUUAUUUGCUCAUAGUGAACACUUCUUUUAAAUGGCCAGGAAGAGAGUUCAAGUUUAUAGACAAAAGCAACAGUCAGAUGAGCGAUAUAGUGUCAUCAUGGCACCUUUAUAGCUGAAUCAUUUAUGAAAAAUUGUCAAUGAUAUGUUCUGUGACUUGUAUGAUUUGCAGUAUUCAUUUUGCUGUCUUCAUGCACCUUACAAAAGCCAUUUUAUUAUCAGUGUUCCUGAUUCUGUCGUAGCAUUUAUUCUUGAAAUUCGUUGUUUUUCAUAUUUUUCCUAAUUGUUAUGCUCCCCGAAAUAAAAUUUCGGCGGAGCAUAUAGUUGCCAGUUUGUCCUUCCUCACUAGUUUCCCAUAGCACCUUCUAUACUUUACCGAUCUCUUUCAUAUUUGGCAUGUAGGUACCUUGCAUGGACCUUUACCUUUUGAUGAGGUCACUGGGGUCAAGGUCAACAAGGCUAAUAAUAGAUUUUUCAGUCACACUUUUGUUACAGUUUCUCAUAGCACCUUCAAUACUUUACCGAUCUCUUUCAUAUUUGGCAUGUAGAUACCUUGCAUGGACCUCUACCUUUUGAUGAGGUCACUGGGGUCAAUGUCACCGAGGCUAAUAAUAGAUUUUUUUUAGGUGGUUAUUAACACAUAGAUUGACAUAGCGCAUCAUCGGGAAGCAUCCAUCAGUUUCACUGAUAUUCUUGUUGUAUGUUAUAUACGUGAUCAUAGAUACUGUAAAUUUUGUCUUAUGCGACAUGUUUAUAAUGUAGAAGAUGAGUACCCUGUGUUUAUGCAGUGCCCAUUGUAUAACACAGAUAUGAUUUGUUUAUUCCGCAGUGGUUGAAUGAAAUGGAAACUGUUUGGUUUGUUCAAUAUGUUAAUGGCCGAUGAAAAUUACAAGCACAUAUUUUUGAUUGCAAAAUGUGUGUAUGUGCAUGCUUAUAUAUAACAACUACGUAAUUAUCAUGCAAAUUAGCUGUCAUUUUAAUACUGCAUGCUUGUAUUGCAUUGUUUAUUUAUAUCUGAUAAAAAAUACUGAUUCUUGGGUUACUUUAUAAGUUUGUUACUAUUUUGCAUGCUUACAUGUUAUAGGUAUUUAAUUAUCAGGUAAUCCUUGUUUUGGUGGUAUUAUAAUGUAUAGCAGCAUUUGUUCUACGAAAGUGCAUGCGUGUUGCAUCAUAUGACUUUGUAUUCUUUAACUAUUCAGGUUAUUUUAUAUAAUUAUGAAAUUAAACUGUAUGUAUUAUGGCCCUGUGGCCUGACUGCAAAUAAGUAUUCGUAUUUGUAUACAGUUUUUGUAAUGUGAUGUAUGGUUGUAUCGUGUUGUUUCACUUUUUGAUCAAUAUAACUAUUAUGCAUA